AUGCGGGGUGUCGGAGGCCCACUGCUCACUGUCAGCGAUCUCUUGAGCGACCUCACCGUCGAAGGAGGCGACGACCACCUCGACGGCGGAGGCGACGCGUCUGCCCCCUCCUCCCCCUUGGAAGCGCAUCAGGUGGAGGAAGCCGAGCCCUCCGAGCUCCAGCGGCUCUUCGCGGAAGACUAUGACAAUUUGAUGAAGUCGCUACAGGAGAAUGACCCUUCGUGGCCUUCCCUGAUGCUGAAGUUGUGCAGGGCGUUGAAGACUUCAGAUAAGCUGCUGAGCUACGCGAAUAUGAAAGCAGAGCAGCUGCUAGAGAAGGUGGAGAAACUGGAGCAUGUCUUAGAGAGGGGAGAUCGUGAGGUGGGAUCAAUUAUAGAGGUUCUUCAGAGCAUGCAGCUCACCGAGGAUCAUCAGAUCUCCAAAACGAACCCACCCAGCAAGUAG